AUGUCGACAACAGCUACAACCACCCAGACAAACACCAACACCCUCUCCAUCCUCGCCGACUAUGAGCUCCACCACAGCGGCAGCGAAGAACCCCAGUCGUCUGAACGAGAGCCUGUCUCGCAAGCAGCCCAAGCCCAACCAGCCAACUGGCCGUCAAAUUACCGUCGCAUGCCCGCAUACCGUCCUGUGAACCGUGAACUAGACCUGAGCGAGAGACCAGCGGGUAGCAACCCGGCAGAGUUUGUGUUUAUCCAGGUGAUGCUGCACGGGGUGUGGUUGAACGCGUCUGCUGCUCGCCUGUGGAGGUUCACGGGGGGGAGAAUCAACGAUCGCAUCUUCCGGUAUGACGUUGGAGGGGAGUUUUAA